UUCACACACACAAGCAGCGAGAAACAGCCAGAGAGAAAAGAGACAUCAGGCACCAGUUGAAACAGAAGCGAGGAGUGAAGAAACAGACGCUGAGCAGAGCAGCUCACGGGCUCUUGUUUCUUUCAGACUGCUACUCUUCAGUGUGCCUGCACUUGGAGGUUUUGAGGAACAUUUGUUUGGCUUUCUUUUGGCUGUUCUUGUGUUUUGGCUACUGAGAACAAAAACUUCUCUUCAAAAUAGGACAGAGCACCAAAGUUUGAGACGUCGUCGGCCGUCCUCUUCCAGCUGUGUCCACGCUUGGUGUUGCAUUUGAUUUAAACCAGAUUCCUUUCCCACUUGGGGCUUCUGUUCUACCGAUGGCCGCUGUGCGUCAGAUGGUCAUGGAGGCCUCCGGCUUCCACGUCCUGCCGGCUCACCUUAUGGCCUCGGCCAUGGAGGAGUUCCCCCAGCAGCUGCCCGUCCCCAAGGGCCCAGCGAGGGGCAAGAGCCGCUCCCGGCGACCCCGAGAGGCUCGCUUCAAAACGCAGCCUGUCACCUUUGCUGAGAUCGCAGAGGUGGAGGAAGAGGGUUCCUCGCCCAUGGAGGAGGAGAGGGCACGCCGUUCCUUCCUGCAGUCCCUGGAGAACCUGCGGCGGAGCACGCAGACCCUCCACUGCCCGCCGGCGGCCCAUCACAGCUGCACCCCAGCACCCACGCAGGCCAGCAUGGACUCCAGUGACUCCGACUCCACCCAGUGAGGAGGUGGGACGUGUCCAUCUCCUGGCACAGGCCGUGUUCCUCGCUUCACCUUGACGCCGCUUCGAACUGGAGGCCAACAUGAACUGAACCAAACUGGUCUGCCAGCUCUGCCUGUGUGUGUGUAAGCUGCUGCUGUCAUACGCGAGUCUGCAUUUAAUACUAACAUAUCAACAUACAGUGUAUAGCUCCGAGACGCACAGGCUGGUUGUACUGCUGUAUAGCUGCGACGAGUGAGAAAGUAGCAGGUGACGCUGUGUCGAACACACUCAAAUGUAUUCCUUUUCUACUGUACACGUCUGUGAGGAAAACUUGAAUGAUGAAAGUUGGCUGAUAUUUUUCCAUUUUUAAAGUUGUAUAGGUAUUUUUUUGGGUUCAAUUCAGAUUUUUCUACUUGAACAGUCACCAUAGAAAGGACUGUUAAUUAAAUCAUGUGAUUUACCACGCUGUAAAUACUUUGACUGAGCAACGUUAGUGACCUGGCCGUCACUGAAGCUGUAGAGUACCGUUGAGUUUGUCGAGAGAGUUCAAGCUCUUGUUUCCCGGCUUCACAGUGAAUGAAAUCUCUUGCUUCAAUUCCUGAGCAAAUCAAAAAUGCCUUUCUAAAUGUCUUUAUUUAUUCUCUUAUUCUUAUUCUUUGUUCAUAACCAAGUGGAGUUGUAGAUGUGAUAUCUUAUUGCUCUUUCUGACUUCUAAAGUCAACUUGACUUUGAAACAAAAUCAUAACCUUUAUACUUUAUAUU